UUUUAGCACCUCUCAACCUCUGCGUGAUCACUUACAAAGAAAAUGAAUGUUGACUCAAAAACAACAUUCAGUAUGAAGGAUUUCAGUGACUACACAGACCUUUACAAUUACAGUGACUACAAUGACAAUGAAAGCUAUGGCGCAGGAGCUGUGUGCACUCAAGACUCCAGCAUGUACUUUGACAGCAUUUUUAAGCCAAUCCUUUACUCACUGGCAGCGGUCGUGGGGCUGCUGGGAAACGGCUUGGUUCUGAUUGUACUGUGGAAGAAGAGAGCAGGUUUGAAUGUUACAGACAUCUUCAUCCUCCACCUGAGCCUGGCAGAUAUUUUGCUGCUGUUAACACUGCCCUUCUGGGCUGUAGAGGCGGUGAAGGAGUGGAUCUUUGGCACACCACUUUGCAAACUGACUGGAGCUAUGUUCAGGAUCAAUUUCUACUGUGGCAUUUACAUGCUUUCCUGCAUCAGUCUCGACCGCUACCUGUCCAUCGUCCAUGCAGUCCAAAUGUACUCCCGUAAAAAGCCCAUGGCGGUUCACUGUUGCUGCAUGAUAGUCUGGUUCUUCUGCUUUCUGCUCUCCAUUCCCGAUUGGAUAUUACUUGGUGCCAACAAGGACUCCAGACGUCAGGAUAGAACAGAAUGUGUUAAUUCAGAAGCUCUAUCUGAUUUUUGGGUUCUGGUCAAUCGUCUGAUCUAUCAUUUUUUGGGUUUCAUUAUUCCAGCAAUAAUGAUGGUCUUCUGCUACACUAGCAUUCUGCUGCGCUUACUGCUCGGCUCCAAGUGCAUGCAGAAGAAGAGGGCCAUCCAUGUCAUUGUAGCCCUGGUACUGGCCUUCUUCAUCAGCUGGACGCCCUACAACAUCGCCCUCAUGGCUGACACCAUACAUACCAACAGGACUGACAAUAACCAAACGUCCUGCGAGACCAGAACCACGUUGGAUGUUGCGAUCACAGCCACUUCAACAUUUGCCUACAUGCACUGCUGUGUCAACCCAAUUCUUUAUGCUUUUGUGGGGGUGAAAUUUCGUCAGCACCUGCUAGACAUGCUACGACCUCUGGGCUUCAAGCUGAAGGGCCGCGCAGGCCUGGUUUCUCGGAAGAGCUCGGGAUGGUCAGAGUCGGUGGACACUUCCCACACAUCUGCUUUCUGAAGCAUCAAAUGCCAUCAGACCAUUACAGUAUCUUUUCCUGUAAUUGUUAACAAACAUUGUUGUAUUAUGCAAGAGGAAUCAAGAACUCAGGCGUUGUCGUUCACACCAAUGACAAUGACUAACAAAAGGAAAAAAGUCAGAAAAAAGUAUUAGAGCUAAUGGCAUAAGUACCCUAAUUUUGAUGUGUUUACCCAGCAGGAAUUGGGAAUGAUUUUAGUUAUAGAAAUCACCAUUGAGGGAACUAAAAAAUCACCUACUUCAAAAAAUCCAGGUCUAAUCCAGCUCAACUGGAACUACAACUGACAUUAGUGUACACAGAUUGGGUAAAUGGCAUGUCAUACAAAAUACACAGUAUUUUAAAGUGUUACAAGACACAUACUUGGUCUCGAUGAUACAGUAUGUACCAUUUCAAGUUGUCAUAUUUUGUCUCUCAUUCUAAUUUAGUUCUUUCAGUCACAUAUCUUAUACGAGUAUGUUCCAUUUCUAUUAUUAUGACAUACACAAAAUUCAAAUAGAGUCCUUUGUGAUUAAAAAACGACCCUAAUAAUUACAAUUAGGACAACGGUCUAAGAUGAAAAUGUAGUUAUUAGAGACUUUAUCUUUUUUUUUCGUCACACUCAUGUGAUCGAAGUGUUGUGAAUGUUUUGUUGAGGUGUUUUUGGUUAAAAUGUGUGUAAUAUUGAUCAUUUUGAAAUUUUCGCUAUAGAGAAAAAAUGUAGACAUGUUUAGAUAGACGAUCUAUCUAUUUCACUCUAAGACUCCAAACACAGCUGUCCUCUGACAACAGAGGAAUAAAAUCAAUGGCUAAAACAAUCAUACAACAUCGUCAACUUCUGUUUUGGAGGUUAAUGUUACUUUAGUUUUAAUAAACAUCGUUAUUAUACGUGGUUUGAGCCAGUUUUUAAUGUCGAGACUGUGCUGAUUAAUACGCAGAAUGUUUUAAAACAUGAAUUUAGAUGUUUAAGCUCUUCACAUGUGGCAGCUACCAUAGGUUUUCAACUGUUUAGCUUUCUCAAGCAUAUUGAUUGCCUGCGACUUUGGACAGAGAUCAAAGUUAUAUUACGUUAAAAUAGAUCACUUUCAAUUACUCAACUGGAUAAUGAUUUUGAAAAAUUGUGGGAAGCUGAAGUUUAUAUAUUUUUAAUAUUUACUUUUUUAUAUAUAUUUUUUACUUUUUUAUAUUAUUCAUUAUGCUUUGGAGUUUUUUAUGUAUUGUUUAGUAAUGCUUUCUUGAUAUUUACUGUAUGAUGUUCUAUUUUUUCGGUAUCUUUCUUUGCUGUACAUACAUUUUAAAAAAUCUUUUACAUAAUAAUAUGAAAUAGUACCGCCAGAUAUACAUAUUGGUUUUUAAUAUCUGUUUUUACUUUGAUAUAUAACAUUUUCAUUUGUGCUUGCAUUAAUCUUGUAUCUAUGAGGUCUGUCUCAUUAAUGCUGUAAAACUGCAGUACAAUAAAACAGAAGCAAAAUGG